UCUUUGUGUGACUUUCUCACGACCACAACCAAUGAAGGAACCCAGGCGGUCCGUGCAGCUUUGUCUUCACGGUGGUCUACGUUAACCAAUCCUUCUCUGCUAAUCGCUUCCGGCCUACUACCAGCUGGUUCACCGUUCAGUUUCAAUUCGGCCGAUUUGCUGCUCGAUAUGGUCGGUUUGUCGAGUGGAACAACCAAAUCCGGCGCAUUUGGCACCGGACCAAUCCAAAAGAAGCGCAGCCAAGAGCCUACAUCUGCGCUUUGUCAUCGCCUACUGGUAGAGAAUGUGGAUAAAGUGGGUUUUGGGGUCGGGCGGGAUAUUAAUAGGAUUACUACUUUAUUUAAAAAAACGGCCCUAGUGUUCAUACCAAUGCACUACGUUUUGAAUCCAUUCGGUAUAGAGGAUUUUGUGUACACCACAAUAAGCGUUGUUUACUACAUAUGUUGUAGUUUACCACCAACUUGA